ACACUCCCCACCCAAGUCUUUGCGUCAAGCCAGCCAAUCGUGAGAAAAGCUUUUCGUGGAGAAGAUCACAGAAUCCUCAGGAGAUUCAUUAUGGCUUUUUUCUCGGAGGCUGACAUGUCCGUUAGUUUUUCUCAUUACUACGACGACUAUGACAAUCUCUUCCGGAGAUUGAACCCACCAAGGGUUGUGAUUGAUAACGAAGCCUGUGAUAAUGCCACUGUAAUGAUGGUUGAUUAUGCAAACAAGCAUGGAAUACUUCUUGAAGUCGUUCAAAUCCUCAAUGAUCUCAACCUUAUCAUAACCAAGGCUUACAUAUCUUCUGAUGGAGGAUGGUUCAUGGAUGUUUUCAAUGUCACUGACCAAGAUGGAAACAAGGUUACUGAUGAAGCUGUUCUGAAUUACAUUCAAAAGAAUCUUGGACCAGAUUCUUGUUGUAUUUCUCCCAGGAGAUCUGUUGGGGUUAAGCAAUCAAUGGACUACACAACAAUAGAAGUACUGGGAGCUGAUAGGCCUGGAUUACUCUCGGAAGUAAGUGCUGUUCUAACCCACCACAAGUGCAACAUAGUGGAUGCAGAGGUCUGGACACACAAUGCUCGCGCGGCCGCUGUGAUGCGUGUAACUGAUGAAGAAACUGGGUCUGCUAUAACUGAUCCACAUAGGCUAUCUCUGAUCAAGGAGCUUCUGUCUAAUUUGCUUGCUUCAUGUGACAACAAAAAGGGAAGAGCUAAGACUGUGGUCACUGAUGAAGUCACUCAUACUGAUAGAAGGCUUCACCAGAUGAUGUGUUCUGAUAGAGAUUAUGAGCGAGAUCCUUUUGAUGAUGAUUCUGAUCGGAGGUCAAGGCCUAAUGUGAAUGUUGUUCCUUGCUCUGAGAAAGAUUACUCUAUCGUUUCCAUCCAAUGUAAGGACAGGCCAAAGCUUGUGUUUGACGCAGUUUGUGCUCUGACAGACAUGGAAUAUGUUGUUUUCCAUGGAAGUAUUGAUGCUCAAGGACCAGAAGCAUAUCAGGAAUAUUACAUCAGACAUGCUGAUGGAUCCCCCAUAAAAUCAGACGCAGAAAGACAGAGAUUAGUACAAUGUAUUGAAGCUGCCAUUGAGAGAAGAGUUUCAGAGGGAGUGAAACUAGAGCUCUGCACAGGUGACAGAUUUGGACUACUUUCGGAUCUGACAAGGAUAUUGAGAGAGAACAGCCUCGACGUGACCAGAGCACAAGUGUCCACAAAGGAAGGCAAAGCUAUAAACACAUUCUACGUUCGCGGCGCUUCUCGUUGCCCUAUUGAUUCCAAUUCCAUAGAAUCCGUUCGUCAAAUUAUUGGCAGCAGCAUUCUCAAAGUAAAGGGAACAACACCUAUACCUGCAAAUUCACAAAAUUCCAGAUUCCUCUUUGGUGGCAUUUUCAAGUCCAGAUCCUUUGCAGACCUGGUCAAGUCUUAUUGUUGAUGAAGUUUACAUGUUUUCUUUGUACAGCCAAACAUCGGGUCAGAAAUUAGGAACACUAACAUGACACAUUUUCAAAAGCAUAGGGAAGAGACCCUCAAUUUCCUCUGAUUUGUUUUCUUACAACAAAGUUUAUCUUUAGAUUCUCACUAUAGAUCCAACCAUGCGUGAGUUGGAGACUAGCUUUACAGAUGAAAGCAUAGAGAACCUUAACUGUGUAGUGUAGGGCCUUAACCAUGACUCUCUAUGUAAAGAAUUCAACAUUUGUGUAUAGUAUUAUAUCAAAUAUUAUCCAUUUCUCUGA